CUCUCUCUCUCUCCAAGCUUGUCUCUUGCAUACCAUUUACCGCAAUGCCUGGCAAUAAGAAAAAGAAGAAAAAUGUCGAAAAAUAUAGCCUGGCGGAUUUCCAUCACAUUGUGGAUACAAAUGAUGAAGUGAAUGCAAAAUCACAGCGGAAAAGCUCAAUAAUAGAGUGUCAACCUAGCAAGAUGGCAAGCAGUACCCGAGGACGGGACGCCACCGGCAGCAACCAGAAACUCUCCAACGAACACGCGGAUCAGGAAUACCCAAAUGUACCCAAUGGACGCGACAACUCGGAUAUGUCUAGGAAAAAAUUCCAGGCACCAGCAAAACCAAAACGUGGAGACGCCACCACUUGCGACCAGCAGCCAAUCUAUAGCAGUGCAUGCCAUGUGAUACCAGAACCUUCGCUACAAAGAGCCCCUUGGGCACCCAAAGGAAGCGGCAAUAAGAAAAACUACAACAAAGUAUUCCAAGUGCCAGCACAACCCUCGAGACUGAUCGAUGACGACCACAUUGUCUAUAGCGAAAUAUCCGAGCUGUUUCCACCACCUUCGUAUCAGAGUGCCCCAUUUGAACCUCAGGGACGCGGCGGCCUCUCAACCACUGACUGCAACCAGAAAGUGAACAGCAAUAAGGGACGCGGAAACCAGUACAAAUACAACGGUGUACCCCAAGUGCCAGCAAAUAUCUGGGGACAGGCAGCAGCACGUGGAAUGUAUGAGCACGAGUUAGCUUACAACCGCUGCCACAACAGGGGAGGUGGCAAUCAGAACAUCUACAACGGAGUAUCUCAGCGGCCACCAAAUACCUGGAGACACAGAGACCCAUAUGCACUGCAGGGACCCCAGAUUGACUCCACCGUUAGCCACCUGAACGACUAUAGCGAAAUAUCCCAGUUGCUGCCAGGACCCCCGCAACCACCAUGCGCAGCACUGGAUAACAUAAACCACCAGAAAAUCUGUAACAAAAAAGAGUCGAAACAGGGCCAGGGAAAGGGUGCCUCCACCGAUGCAGAUCCCAGCCAGAACAUCUGCAACAAAACAUUUGAUGUCUUACCAAAAGCAACGGAGCCGAGACGCAAAAUCGUAGCCCAGGCAGCUGCCAGCAACUGCAAGCAGAUCAGCCGCGUGAAAUCCCCCGAGGUGCUGAUUCCCUGGGCACAAAGAGUGCAAGCGGCACGCAUGGGGCAGAAAAUAAAAAUUUUGAAGAGGCCGGAGCCAACCGAAGUUACGUACACAAUUACAGAUGAACCGCUUCGGGGACUGCCUGGCGGUGAGGUCAGGGUGCGAUCCUGCCCCCCUAUACCCACGCCAGCGCGUUGCGUGCCGAAGGAACUGGAGCAGGUGGAUCGCAUGACAUCGGCGGACUUUCGGCACGACUACAAUGCCCAUGUGCAGAACAUGCGCACGCGGCUGAAGAACCAGGAGCACAUGCACUACUUUGCACAGGUCAUCAGGGAGAACACGCAUCUGUUCAAGGGGCGCGUCAUCCUCGUUCUGUCUUGCGGCGUGGGCACCCUGGCGCUGAUGGCCGCCCGCUUGGGGGAGGCGAAGCGCGUGUACGCCGUGGACCACUCGAUGGUGACCAAUUAUGCGGAGCUGGUGGUGAAGCAGAACCACUACGAGCACACCGUGAAGGUGAUGCACGGGCGCAUGGCCGAUCUGCAGCUGCCCGAGAAAGUGGACGGGAUUGUGUGCAACUGGAUGGGCCACUCGCUGCUCUGGGACUCGGAGAUCCUGGAGGUGCUCGAGGCGCGCGAUCGCUGGCUGAAGAGGAAUGGCUUCAUCCUGCCCGAUAUGGCGAUCCUCUAUCUGCUGGGAGCCGCGGAGCCCAAGCUGAAGGGUCUCUGCGACUGGUGGCGAAACGUCUACGGCUUCAACAUGAGCGCCAUGCGUCGGUGUGCCCUCUCCGAGCCUCGGUACGCCAAGACCAAUGGCGACGGUGUCCUCACCCUCUGUCAUCGCGUGUUGUAUCUCGAUUUGAAAACGGCCACCAAGAAGGAUCUUCAAAUAGAUUGCGAGAUACGCCUGAAGGUCGUCCAGGAUGGGCAUUUGGAGUGUUUCACCUUGUACUUCGAUGUGAAAUUCAGCCGAUGCCAUCGCAAUCGCACCCUCAGCUGCAAUCCCUGCCGGCCCAGGGUCCACAAUUCGCUCUGGCUGCAGACCACUCUCUUCGUCGAGAGCUCCUUUGUGCUGCGGGAGAACCACUACUAUGCGGGUCGCUUCAUCUUCCGCCCCCUAAAGGAAUACGACAUGAACCAGUUUGAGAUACUCCUCAAGUUCUUUGUGAGCAGGCGCCCCGAGGGCGAUCUGGCGGGGUGCUUUGGCAAUCGUUUGGUGGCCAAGCGCUGGCUAAUGAUGGACCGCCACCAGACGGUGGCCGAAGUGGAUAGCUGUCAGGAUGAGGAUUAUUGA